AGGCAAGUUAGGAGUAAACGAAGGCUUUUCUGUGGAACCGCUUCUAAUUAAUGCUGUUUCUGAACACCUAGGUUGGUUGUGAUGGCAUUUGCCUGGGAUGUACCACCUUUGUUGGGGAUCAGACAGCGACAUUAAGUGUCCUAUGGCUUCCAGGGGUUUUGCUUGCCACGUGCAGAAAUGACUCCUUGUGUCUUCUCGUUUCUGGAGAUUGCCUUGCACAAUUCUAUUCACACGAAGCGACAUUAUUAGAAACUUUUUGUUUGUUACUCUGGAGCCCUGGAUACUAGAGAUCAAAUGAAAAAAAUUAUCCGGAAUCUAAUCAAGCUGAUUGAAGCUUGAAUUAAGCCUGUUUUUAUCUUCCUCCACCUCCCCCUUGUAUAGAUGUUAGUGUAUCAAUUGCUUUUCAUUGAUAUACUUUAAUGAAUAUCUUACUUUAAGUACCACAUAGCCACUAUGUCAGAAUAACAUCCACGUAGCUAUGGCAGUACAUUAUUUCAGCACUCAGAUUUGCUUAUAAAUUUAUUUUUAGCCAUAAAAUUCCUUAAAAACAAGCCUAAACUUUAUAUUGCUCUCAUUAAAUGUUGAGUAACUGGGAUGAUAAUGGUGAAACAAAAAGAAAAUAAAUGCAGCAGGACUCUAUUUCAAAGAGAUAUUAUGUAGUAGCUUAAGAUAAGAAACCCCUAAGUCAGAGUUGAUGCAGUUACGUGUAAAUAUGUUUCAUUUAGUAUUUUAUAAAGUUCUGCAUGCAAUUGUUUCCUUAUAUUCUGUGAAUUUAUUUUUAUAUUAAUCACUUGGUUGUGUAAACAUACAAGGAAAAUGAAUGAAAUGUUCCAAGAAUACACUGGACUAUAACAGAGAAACAAUACUCUUCUGUCGCCAAUAUUGGCAUGAUGGAUUUGUGAAGGACUUCCCUUUGGACUAGGUCCACUGUAGAUGGUGUCCAGGGCUAAUGUUAGUGGCUAAGUUGUAUUGCUCCCCAAAGGGCUAUUUGCUUCCUUCGAACCUGGCAAACCACUAUCAACUGCGACCCUCCCCAAGGACAUUGGUGAUGUCUGAAGAUGACUAGUUUUCUGUGGAUAUCUUAGGAUUAUAGACGCAAUUCCAAGUUGACUUGCUUUUAGUGUGUUAUUCUACACUGGUAAUCUAUAAUUCAUUGCCUGAGCAUACCAGGGAGGCAGUGUUGUGAAUUGUAUCGUGGUAAGCUACUUGCUGAGACCAUGCUUUGUAUUUUUCACAUGUACAAUUAUAUUUAAAAUCAGGCAAGGCUUAGUUUUAGGCCUGAUUUUCUUUGAAAAUAUGGAUUUGUUGUCUGAGGGUUGCAGUGGAUGACAUUUUGAUUUAGUAUUAAUAUGUUUGCUGCUGCUACCAAGAGCUUUGUCAAACAAGUUGGAGAUGGAGGGAGAUUAGUUCCUGUUCCAAGCCUCAGUGAGGCUGACAAAUACCAACCUCUAAGUCUGGUGGUCAAAAAGAAGCGAUGUUUUCUGUUUCCUAGAUAUAAAUUUACCUCAACACCUUUUACACUGAAAGAUAUUCUUCUAGGAGACAGAGAAAUUUCAGCUGGUAUUUCAUCUUAUCAGCUACUGAAUUAUGAAGAUGAAUCAGACGUUUCACUCUAUGGAAGACGAGGCAACCAUAUUGUGAAUGACGUUGGGAUUAAUGUUACUGGAUCAGAUUCCAUUGCAGUAAAAGCUUCAUUUGGUGUAGUAACCAAACAUGAAGUGGAAGUAUCAACAUUACUCAAGGAAAUUACUACACGAAAAAUUAAUUUUGACCACAGUUUGAUACGUCAGUCAAGGAGCAGCAGAAAGGCAAUAUUGUGUGUGGUCAUGGAAAGCAUCCGAACCACACGACAGUGCUCACUGUCUGUGCACGCUGGAAUUCGUGGGGAAGCCAUGAGGUUUCAUUUUAUGGAUGAACAGAAUCCCAAGGGAAGGGACAAAGCUAUUGUUUUUCCAGCACAUACAACCAUAGCUUUCAGUGUUUUUGAACUCUUCGUUUACUUGGAUGGUGCCUUUGACCUUUGUGUCACUUCAGUGUCAAAAGGAGGAUUUGAAAGGGAGGAAACGGCAACAUUUGCACUGCUCUACAGAUUGAGAAAUCUACUAUUUGAGAGAAAUAGAAGAGUGAUGGAUGCCAUUUCUCGUUCACAGCUUUACUUAGAUGAUCUUUUUUCUGACUAUUAUGACAAACCUCUCAGCAUGAGUGAUAUUUCACUCAAAGAAGGUACUCACAUCCGUGUUAACUUACUUAAUCACAACAUUCCAAAAGGACCUUGCAUACUCUGUGGAAUGGGGAACUUUAAAAGGGAGACUGUUUAUGGGUGUUUUCAGUGCUCUGUUGAUGGGCAGAAGUACGUGCGACUUCAUGCAGUUCCUUGUUUUGAUAUUUGGCACAAGAGAAUGAAAUAAAAUGGAAAACAAAUGUACCUUGCUGGUGUUUUGGGUGCAACUGUGCCACACACCUUUCCAAAAUUAUCUUGGUUCACUUUGAUGAAUUGUAGCAAAUUAAAGAGGG